GUGGAAAACUUUUAAUUUUCUCGGAUUCUGCAUUCAGAAUACCUUGCCGCCUGCCCUCUGGAACAAUUUCCCGGGGGUGACGUCUUACCUGCAGCAGAGCCCGUCCAGACCUGUCAGGCCUGUGGGAAGUAACACGAUAGAAAGCGUCGCAGACCUGACGGAACAAUUUAACGAAUUGACUGUAGUCGACAGAAGAACGUACAGGAGACCCCCGCCGACGUACCUGUGUCACUUGUGCUUCAGGAAAGGCCAUUACAUCAAAGAUUGUCCGCAGGCACGACCGAGGGGGGAUGGCCUCACGCCGUACCAGGGUAAGAAGCGCUGUUUCGGCGAGUACAAGUGUCCCAAAUGCAAGCGCAAGUGGAUGUCGGGCAACAGCUGGGCCAAUAUGGGCCAGGAAUGCAUCAAAUGUCACAUUAACGUGUUCCCCCAUAAGCAGAGACCCCUGGAGAAACCCGACGGGUUGGACGUAUCUGAUCAGAGCAAGGUCCACCCCCAGCAUCUUUGCCAGAAGUGCAAGACGCUCGGUUAUUACUGUAGACGCGACCAGUUGUGA